AUGGCAGACAGCAACAGCAAUAGGAGAAAGAGUUCCGUACAACUCCCGCGUCCUCCUACCAUGGUCGUAAUCACCAGUCGCAUAAUACGCCAUCCUCGAUUAUCAACUGGACUAUUCGUCCUUUUAGCCCUCUUAUAUCAUUACUCGUACCUGACAAAGUUCCUAUACUACCAGCUGCUUAUAUUAGGCUCAUAUACCGUGCUGAUACUCGUAUAUCCAUGGUGGCAACUCGCAGGCUCAAACGCUGCCACAACCAAACAUCACAACAUUGGUCUCUUCCCACCAACAUCUUUUAUCCCGAAGGCAGAUCUACAAUUUAAACGUAAAAAUAGUAGUGCUAAUAGCCCAACACGGGAUAAAGCAGUGCCAAGUACACCAACGACACCACUACCAGCCCGAAUAUCAACCAGUCGUGUCAAGAGAGCAGCAGACAACAUCCUAUCCAUGGUAGUUCGUGAUUUCGUCUCAUCAUGGUAUACAAAGGCAUCACCAGACCCCUCCUUCCCAAUCCACAUCGAAUCCGCACUUCGAGAUGCUGCAGACGCCAUAUACGAGCGCUGCAGUGCCGUCGACUGGGACGCAUUCCUGACGCGUCGGGUCAUGCCGCUCGUAACCCAGCACGUAGCGGACUACCGUGUCGCGACAGAAACCAUGAUGCAUGGUGGCAAGAAAUCUACUGCUGCUAUGAUUGAUGUUGGGGGAUCGCUUGAAGCUGAUUGUCAGCUGGCGAGGUAUUUUAGGAAUGGGAAUCUGCAUCCGGCUAUUAAUACUACGCCGGCGCCGACUAUACCGCUAGAGUUGGCGUAUUUGAGACGUGUUGUGGAUUGUAUAUUGCCGAGGCUGUUUUCGACGAAUGAGGUGCAGAGUCGGUUGUUUUCAGUGCUGCUGAGGGAGAUUAUUGCGUGUCGGAUCAUUCAGCCUAUUGUGGAUAGCAUUUCGGAUUCGGAUUAUUGGAUGCAGAAUAUUGAGAUUAUGGCGGAUAGGAUUAUACAGGAGCAGAAUCUACAUAACAAGAUACGAGAAUCCGAUGAAAAGCUACGAACAGAUGACUCGAUCGAUAAUCAACAAGAAUCAGACUAUGCUCCUACAUUUGAUGGCUUUCUGAAAAAAAUCAAGAAAUGUAAUGACUUGUCAGAAGCCCUUCAAAUGAGAGAUGCGCUUGUUACUGAUAUUAGAUCACGGAAUAAAGAGAUUGAGGGCAUGGCAUCUGAUGACGUGGUUCAUGGAAUGCUAGUUCGAGAUAGACGAUCAUAUAUAAAUCAGUUGAAUCAGGCUCUAUCUCGUAUUGAGAAGAGGAUUGAAGCCUUAGGUGGAUCUGCCAAGAAAUCAGGAGAUGGUGGUGAACAACAGCGAAGCAGUCGACCAGGUCUGAUAAAUCUCCUCGAAGAACCAUAUCUAUCCUACUUUAUGGAGCAUAUGGAACAAGAAGGUCGUGUCCAAUACCUUCGUUUCUGGUUGAGCGUCGAUGGUCUACGAUUCCAUCUCAAACCCAGUAAUGCUACUAGUAGUGGGUCUCUAGAAGUAACUGAUUGGAGAGUCUUGGCUGAUGACGUACGAGCUCUGUAUAAUUCGUAUUUGGGAGAUCAAGCACCUGCCAAAGUCGAAUUGAUAAAUCAAGGGCUGGUUAAAGAAGUCGAAGACCUCAUUGCUGAAUUAGAUGAACGAGCUACGCAAGCUGCCUUGUCGAAAGGAGCUAGUGUACGAACACCACCAUUAAUCCUAUCUCCCAUAUUUCGAGCUCAGAGUGAUGUAUGGACUACAUUAGAAAGCCAUGAUCUUCCAUCAUUCCUGACAAGUCAGAGAUACAUUAAAUUCUCAAAUCAAGUAGCUCAAGCAUCACCAGUCCGUAAAAAACGAACAAUGGUGUCAUUACGUCGAAGUCCAAAGGAAAAGCAAAACAAUAUGUCGAGCUCGUUGGAUGUAUUAGCACAACCCAAACCAUUAGCUGAAUAUGGACUUGGUCGUAGCUCAUCGCUUACAGAAAUACCAACAUAUGGUGAAAAUAGCAAUGGGUCGAGAUCACCAACAUCCAACAUCCAAAACAAUAAAUCAACAUCAGAUCUAGUCAGUCUCUCUGAAAUUCUCUCGUCACCCGAUAUAGUAGCUCGCUCAUUCACUGAAACAUCAUCUGAGAAUCGUAACUCGGGUGAAGCCAGUGAGCCAGGGCGUGAUGCACGAGGCAAGAAGAAGCGACUUACUGCUGAGCUCAAACAAGCAUUCAAAAACACUGUAUCUGUGUUACGACCUGCUUGGGAACGAGGACAGCAGUCGGUUAGAGGAAACAGUCCUACUCGUCUUGAAUUUGAUAGUGAUGCGGAUUUACCUAGUGUUGUUAAUGGUGGUCAGGAUGUUGAGGAUGAGUUGCAGUCUGUGGUUAAUUCGACAGAGCCGACGUUUGGACUGCCGAGUUUAUUGAAGAAUAGGAGGAGGACGUCUAUGAUGAGGAGGGAGAAUAGUGACAAGGCUGUUGGUAGAGUCGUCGAUUCUUCUGCCUCUGGUAAAUCGACGGAUUAUCCUUCGACCACUCAAGAUUAUGCAGCAAUGCCUCCGCCAUUCUCACCCACAUCACCGACAAACUUUGAAAGUGAUGAAAACGACGUUGAUGUCGACGGUCGUGCAGGAGCCUUUUCACAAUUGAAACGUAAAGGUCGAGAAGCAGCCAGACAAUUAUCACCUGGCAAGAUAUUCCGUCGAAAUACCAAAAACUCUCGUAGUAGCUCUUCACCGUCACCAUCUCGUCCUCCCAUGAUAUCCAAUGCCGACGCAUUACGAGAGUCACCAGAACCAGUACCUGAAUCCAUUGACGAUUUAUCUCGAAAUAAUAGUAGUAGUAGUAAAGCCCUAGGAGUAGAGAAUGAUGAACCUUCGGGAUCUUCAGCACCCAUGACUCCAUCUCCUGGUUUCCCACGACCGCCACGCCCUAUAACACCAUCAGGAGACUCGGCGCUUGUAGAAGAAGCGUCUGCUGGUACUACGUCUGAAGAAGAUGAAGGUGUACAAACUCGUGAUUCACCACCAUUAUUGGAUGAUUCUGAUCAAGAUGAUGGUGCAGGUGGUGGUGGCGAGUCUGGGAAUGAAGAAGACGUAGAUGAUGACGAUGAUGAAACUAAUGCUUCUGGAGGCCUUACAGCUGGUGGUGGAACAUCAUCGUCAUCGUAUGGAACACGUAAUAUUAUAGCAGGAGAUUCGCAAUCACCACCACCAUUAUUGUUCACGACUGUUGUUGAUGGGUUUGAUUUGCCGCCGAUAAUACCGCCACCACCACAUGCCGUUGAACUGUCAAUCAAGAUUGCACAGUUGAUGGUCGAGUUGGGUGAAAUUCAGGGCAAGAUUAAAGAUGCUGAAGAGUCUGGGCAUUUGAGGCAGACUAUACGAGAUAUGAGAGAUUGGGAAGGGUUUUUGAAGGAGCAAGAAAGUGCUGCGAGAGUUGCUAUGAGGGAUUUGGAGGCAAAGGAGUUGGAGAAUUUCUUGUUGCCGGGAAGAAUAUUCGUAACAGUAACAGACGUUCUACGACGAGAAACAGGUGGACGAGAUCGAAUUGGAAAGCCAUAUGCUUAUCAAUUCCAAGUACAUCGACAACCAUCUGAUCGAGAUGAAAGUGGAUGGGGUCUUGAACGAACAAGUGAAGAUUUGAACAAGUUGCAUCAAACGCUUCGUUCUCGAUUUCCUACUUUGAUGACUGGUAUCAAACCACCUCGAGUCUCGGAACGUCGUCAAGACGGAAGGGUGGCUCAACGUGAUAGUCAAGAUGAGAUAUUGAAGAAUAAGGUCAAAGCUUAUCUUGAGACACUCUUGCGAUAUCCAGAACUGUGCAGAUCAAACGAAUUCAGAAACUUUAUGGCUUCUGAAUCCAUUGCUGGAUGUCUCCUAGCCCUCUCAUCUGGAGACAAGAAAACUGGUCGACGAGGUGUCAAACUAUCACCGAUAUAUAAACGACCCUUCCCAUUCAUGUUUCAGCCUCGAGCUGAUGAUACCAGUAGUAUAAACAGUAAUAAUGCACCAGAAAGUGCGUUUAAAGAUUCACGUAGUGAGCCAUACACACCAAGCAAGGCUGAUUAUUUGAGUGUCAAGGUACCUGACACUGCAUCCGGCACAAGCCCGGUCCAGUCGCAAUCUGGAGCAUCAUCUGCAGGACCUGCUGGUGUACCGUCCUCAUCAUUUGCUGGUGUAUCAGGAAGUGCACCAUCAUCCACUACACAAUCAACACCACAACAACCAUACCGUACAGAUAGACUAGGAAGCAUGACAGACGCCAUGCCACCAGACUCUGACCUGGAAAACACGAAAGCAAUGGCCGCAGUAAUGGAUUUACUCUGUGAGUUAUUCGAAUUACGGGAUCGAUCCAACUGGUUUAGACGACAGGCUAUUGGAAUUGCCAUCCAGACUCUGUUUUCGAAAAACUUGGAAAAGAGAAUGUCGGAGGCGUUGAGUUGGGCUUUGAGUGAUGAUUCUUUGGCGGGCCAUUUAGAUGUAUUGACGAACUCGCUGUGGCCUGGUGGUGUUUGGUGGGCUUGGGCUAGUCCUACUCCUACUCCGACUGCUGGUAGUACGCAACAACCUUCAACGAUAUUGUCGUCUUCAUCAACCGCAUAUAACAGUAGCACAUAUACCAAUACCACUAGUAGCACGAAUACCAAUAAUACCACAAGUAGUAGCAACACAGCAGCAUCAAAUUCAGCUAUCCGAAGUAAAGAACAACGAGCCAAGACCCAAUAUGCAGCUGAAGUGAAACUACAGCGUCUGUUGCCCGAGUUAGUAGGUGCUGUUGUGGGGAGGACGAAUGCAAGGAAGGGAGCCAUGAGGUUGUGCCAGGUUUUCCAGAAUGGGAGGCUUGAUCGAGAGUUGGCGUAUCGGUUGCUGGAUGCGUUUAUUGAUGUAGUAUUUCCAGGGACAUAUGUAGAAGAAGAUAAGAAGUAA